CACAAUCGUUGAUUGUAGAAACGUCCAUCGUACAGUUGAUUGAAGAAGUCGAGAAAAGACCUGCGCUUUAUAAAAAAACUUUAAAAGAGUACUCCGACGCAAAUCUCAAGAAAAAAUUGUGGGAGGAAGUUUGUGAAGCAGUUGUUCUUGGUUGGAAUCACCUUAAUGCCGAGGACAGAACAAACAAAGGUACGUAACGCUUCAUGUGAAUUUUUAUUUAUGUACGUAGAUAUCUGUAAAGAAAUAAAUUAUAAAUUAAUGAUAUUCCAAUAUCGGGACAAGCUGCGACCAAGAGGCGUAAAUAUGUCUACUCUGAAUAGUUAUUAUUUUUACUCCCAUGCAUGGAAAACCGACGUACUGAAGGUAAUCUGGAGGAGGACAAUUCUCAAGAAAAUGAUGAGGAUGAUGAGCAAGCUGGACCAUCUGCUUCCACCCCUAUUCGUCAGCGGAAGAAGAGGCCUAAUGUAUCGAAGCAUACGGACUUGGAUGAAGCAUUAUUAAAAUCAUUAAAUGCGACUAAUGCUGAUGAAGAUGUAAACUUUGCUUUGUCUCUAGUCCCUUCACUCCAAAAUUUAACCGCAGAAGAAAAACUGGAUGCUAAAAUAGGUAUUCUGAACGUGUUUAAACAGAUAAGACUAGCUAGGUGUGUUCAAUCUACUCAGCCAACAUAUAGGUACAACACAGUACAGCAACCUAUGUCCUCUUUUCCUCUUUAUCGAGGGACUAACAACAUGCCACCACAACAACAAUCACAGGCUUAUACAACUAGGUCUACACCAUCCCCCAAUUUGCCACCCACAACCAUUCAAAACAUUUCAUCACCAGGCAACUCCAACGAGACAGUCCAGUCUUAUUAUUCAAAUUUUUCAACUAAUUCGCAAAUAUACGAUCUGUAAACAACUUAAUCUCUCA